AUCCUCGGCUGUGUGUCUCAUUGAAAGGACCUAAUGUUUUACAUUAUUGGUGGGAUCACAGUGGUAUCUGUGGUAGCUUUCUUUUUCACCAUUAAGUUCCUCUUUGAGCUUGCCGCACGUGUAGUCAGCUUCCUCCAGCAUGAGGACCGGGAACGCCGAGGAGAACGUACCAUUUAUGACUAUGUGCGAGGCAAUUACUUGGACCCCCGCUCUUGUAAAGUCUUCUGGGAUUGGAAGGAUCCCUGUGAGGUGGGACGUAGUAUGGCCUUCCGAGUGCAUUUGUUUUAUAAGAAUGGCCAGCCUUUCCCUGCUCAUCAUCCUGUUGGACUGCGAGUUCACAUCUGCCAUGUGGAGUUAGCAAUAGAUAUUCCUGUCACCCAGGAAGUGCUUCAAGAACCCAGUUCCAAUGUGGUAAAGGUGGCAUUCACUGUGCGCAGAGCUGGGCGGUAUGAGAUAAGUGUAAAACUUGGAGGCUUGAAUGUUGCGUAUAGUCCAUACUACAAAGUAUUUCAACCAGGGAUGGUAGUUCCCUCAAAAACCAAAAUUGCCUGCCAUUUCUCCACUCUGGUGCUGACAUGUGGGCAGCCACACACUUUGCAAAUAGUUCCCAGAGAUGAAUAUGAUAACCCUACUAGCAACUCAGUAUCAUUGAUAGAUGAGCACAAUUACAGCCUCUUGAUCCAUGAACUUGGACCUCAGGAAGAAGAGCCUUCUGAUGUUUUGUUUGAAAAGUCUGUGAUGUCCAAUCAACAGACUUGCCAAGUUUUCCUGAGACUCACCCUACUGCGUAGGGGUUGCUUUCGUGCCUGCAUCUCUUACCAAAACCAGCCUAUUAGUAAUGGAGAGUUUGACAUAAUUGUUCUCAGUGAGGAUGAAAAGAACAUCGUAGAGCGUAAUGUUUCUACCUCAGGGGUCAGUAUCUACUUUGAAGCCUACCUGUAUAACGCUAGUAGCUAUGCCAACACCCAGUGGCAUCUUCCACCCCUGCCUUUGGGCUCUUUUCAGCGACGACUUUCCACCGCUACUGAGGAUGAGGAUGAAGACUCUCCUUCUGAUAGCCUGACCCCUGAAAAAAUGAAGAAACCCAAAAAAGUUUAUUGCUACGUUUCACCCAAACAAUUCUCAGUGAAGGAAUUCUACUUGAAGAUUAUUCCUUGGCGUCUUUUUACUUUCCGAGUAUGUCCUGGCACCAAAUUUUCUUAUCAUGGGCCUGAUCCUGUACACAAAUUGCUGACAUUGGUGGUGGAUGAUGGGAUUCAGCCUCCUGUGGAGUUGAGCUGCAAAGAGAGGAACAUCUUGGCGGCUACUUUUAUACGUUCUCUGCAUAAAAAUAUAGGAGGCUCAGAGACUUUUCAAGACAAAGUGAACUUCUUCCAGAGGGAAUUACGUCAGGUGCAUAUGAAGAAACCUCAUUCCAAAAUUUCUUUGAAAGUCAGCCGCCCUAAUCUUCUGGAUUCAUCUCUGAAAGCCACACGGAAUUUUUCUAUUUCUGAUUGGAGCAAAAAUUUUGAAGUGACUUUUCAGGAUGAAGAAGCCUUGGAUUGGGGAGGUCCUCGUAGAGAGUGGUUUGAACUGAUUUGUAAAGUUUUGUUUGACACAACCAACCAACUAUUUACUCGCUUCAGUGAUAAUAAUCAAGCACUGGUACACCCCAAUCCUAAUCGACCUUCUUAUCUAAGACUGAAGAUAUAUGAAUUUGCAGGGCGCUUGGUUGGAAAGUGUCUUUAUGAGUCAUCUCUGGGAGGAGCUUAUAAGCAGCUGGUGAAAGCUCGAUUCACAAGAUCGUUCUUGGCUCAGAUCAUAGGAUUAAGAAUGCACUACAAGUAUUUUGAGACAGAUGACCCAGAGUUCUAUAAAUCUAAAGUUUGCUUUAUUCUGAAUAAUGAUGUGAAUGAAAUGGAGUUAGUUUUUGCUGAGGAAAAAUACAACAGAGCUGGACAGCUUGAGAAGAUAGUUGAACUGUUAACUGGGGGUGCUCAAAUGCCAGUGACCAAUGAGAAUAAAAUAUUGUACCUGAAUCUGCUUGCGCAGUAUCGAUUAGCCAAUCAAGUUAGAGAAGAAAUGGAACAUUUUUUGAAAGGUCUCAAUGAAUUGGUUCCUGAAAACCUCUUGGCUAUUUUUGAUGAAAAUGAACUUGAGUUGCUCAUGUGCGGCACAGGGGAUAUCAACGUCUGUGAUUUCAAAGCACACGCUGUGGUAGUGGGUGGUUCGUGGCACUUCCGAGAGAAGGUGAUGCGCUGGUUUUGGACAGUAGUGUCUAGUUUUACACAAGAGGAGCUGGCUAGACUGCUGCAAUUUACCACUGGUUCUUCUCAGCUGCCUCCUGGAGGAUUUUCUGCACUUUGUCCAUCUUUCCAAAUUAUUGCAGCUCCAACACACAGUACACUUCCUACAGCCCAUACCUGUUUUAACCAGCUGUGCCUCCCAACUUAUGAUUCUUAUGAAGACAUGCACAAGAUGCUGCAGCUGGCCAUCAGUGAGGGCUGUGAGGGCUUUGGUAUGCUCUGACACCUACUGGAGGAACCCACUACCUUCCU